AUGUCAGAAUGCCUCAUGUUCGGCAUGGAUUGUGAGGCGCGUUGCCUCGUCGCCGUUCAAGCCGACGAGGAGCGAGUCUCAUUUUUUGUUGGCACCAACAACAUCAAAUCGGAUAAUCAGGUGAAUAAACUUUUCGUCGAUGCUGAAGGAAGCCGCCUGUUGUCGAAAUGUUUUCGGCAUCCCGCUGGUGAAGUGCGCGCUAUUGCCGCGCAUCCGACGAUGACGAGCGUUCUCGCGACGUGCUCGGCUGAUUAUUCGACGUUGAACGGCAAAUUUGGACUUUGCCUCUGGAAUAUUGACGAAGACAAACGCACGUUGGAAUCGGUCAGCCAUCUCGAAGUCGAUCAUUUAAUGCAUGGAUUGGAAUGGGACGCGGCGAAUAAUCGAGCAGCGACACUUGGUCCGUCGGCAAUCAAUUUGUAUGAUAUGGAAAAUGAGCCGAAGCUGAUUCGAAAUGUCGAAAUCGCUGAUGAUGACGAGAUUCAUUGUGGGCGUUGGAGUCCGCAUCAUAAUGGGAACAUGUUGGGCAUCGCCGUCGGCAAAAACGUGUGUUGCGUCGACUUGAGAACCGCCGGCGCGCAAUUUCGAAUAGGCGACGCGCACUCGAAUCGAACACUAGGAAUCGAUUUCAAUCCGAAUUUGCAGCAUGUAAUUGCCACUUCUGGUGAUGAUGGAUUUGUGAGGGUCUGGGAUACGCGAUCCACCAGCGAGCCUCUUCUAGCGAUGCACCAUCAUGCUCAUUGGGUUUGGCAGGUUCGGUACCAUCCGGUGCACGAUCAGAUCCUGCUAUCGGUUGGAUCCGACUCGUGCGUCGUGCUCUCUUGCGCUCAGAGUGUCAGUAGUGAGCAGAAUGAGAUGGUGAUGGAUGAAGAGGAGGAGGACGCUACGAUUGAAAAAUUGCAAGACGGGCAGCUGGAGCGCAUCGACGAGCAUGAGGAUAGCGUGUAUGCGUGCGCCUGGUCGGCAGCGGACCCAUGGACAUUCGCUUCUCUGUCAUAUGAUGGCCGGUUAAUAUUGUCGAAAGUGUCACGAAAACAUAAAUAUGCCCUAAUGCAACUAUAA